AUGGCUCGUAAUGAACCGUCCCAACAGCCCAGCAGUUCCGGAAGUAACGGAACGUCAUCGUCCACUUCAAACGGGUCAGCGAAACCAUCAAAAAUUACAGUAAAAAUUGUCAACGCGUCGUUCACCAAACCAUGCGACUGUUAUGUCGAAAUCAUGAGUGACGCGCCAUCGGCGGCGCCCAAAAAGACGGCGGUGAAGAAGAAGACGUCGGCGCCCGAGUGGAACGAGUCCGUCAACGUGCACGCCAACAACGAGUCCACACUCACUUUUCGCGUCUUCCAGAAGGCGAAAUUGUUUGAGGAUACGUGUCAGGGCAUGGCAAAAGUCAAAUUGACCAGUGUGCCAAGGAAUGAUAACGGGGAAUUCAAAACCGACGUCAUGAAUGUGAAUCUGUUGGGCAAAGACUCGUCGAAAGUGGGCACGAUCAAUUUAAUUUUCACCGGGUAUGCUGAGAGAAAGCGAAGAAGUGCUGGCGGUCAGCGGACCGUCGAUGCGGCCGCCGCGGUUGGCUCCGAAGCAUCUACCUCUAAUGGAGUGGCACCGCCUGGGACGGCGUCUGGAAGACGGCCAGCGACGGCGAAGAGGGAUACAUUGACGGUGCCAGCGAAUGGCGCAGCAGUCAACGGCUCGUCCGCAACACCAGCGACCGCCGCGGCCGAAGAAACGCUUCCAGAAGGAUGGGAGAUGCGAUUCGAUCAAUACGGAAGGAAGUACUAUGUGGACCAUACCACGAAAAGUACCACCUGGGAACGACCAUCCACUCAACCAUUGCCAGCCGGUUGGGAGAUGAGAAGAGAUCCGAGAGGAAGAGUCUACUACGUCGACCACAACACCCGAACGACAACAUGGCAACGGCCGACCGCGGACAUGCUCGAAGCCCACGAACAAUGGCAAUCGGGCAGAGACCAAGCGAUGAUGCAGUGGGAGCAGCGAUUCCUCCUCCAACAGAACAACUUCAACGCCGACGAUCCGUUGGGACCGCUUCCCGAGGGAUGGGAGAAGCGACAGGAUCCGAACACGGGCCGAAUGUACUUUGUGAAUCAUGUAAAUAGAACAACGCAAUGGGAGGAUCCCCGGACACAGGGUGGAUCGGACCAGCCGCUUCCCGAUGGAUGGGAGAUGAGAUUCACCGAGCAAGGCGUGCCGUUCUUCAUCGAUCAUCACUCCAAAACGACGACUUAUAACGAUCCGAGAACGGGGAAACCGGUGGGACCGCUGGGUGUGGUUGGGGUGCAGAUGGCGAUGGAGAAGAGUUUUAGAUGGAAAAUUGCACAGUUCCGGUAUUUGUGCUUGUCGAAUAGUGUGCCGAACCACGUGAAGAUCACCGUCUCGCGUAACAACGUCUUCGAAGACUCGUUCCAAGAGAUCAUGCGGAAGAACGCCGUCGAUCUCCGCCGACGACUCUACAUUCAAUUCCGCGGCGAAGAGGGUCUGGAUUACGGUGGUGUGGCUAGGGAAUGGUUCUUCCUGCUCUCUCACGAGGUGCUCAAUCCAAUGUACUGUCUGUUCAUGUACGCUGGAAACAACAAUUAUAGUCUUCAAAUCAAUCCGGCCUCGUUUGUCAAUCCCGAUCAUUUGAAGUAUUUCGAGUAUAUUGGACGAUUCAUUGCAAUGGCUCUCUUCCAUGGCAAAUUCAUCUACAGCGGUUUCACGAUGCCAUUCUACAAAAAGAUGCUCAACAAGAAGAUCGUGCUCAAGGACAUUGAACAAGUCGACUCGGAAAUCUACAACUCGUUGAUGUGGAUCAAGGAUAACAACAUUGACGAGUGUGACAUGGAAUUGUACUUUGUAGCCGACUACGAACUGCUCGGCGAGCUCAAGACGUACGAGUUGAAGGAGGGAGGAACCGAUAUCGCGGUUACUGAGGCUAAUAAGUUGGAAUACAUCGAACUCCUGGUCGAAUGGCGUUUCAAUCGAGGUGUCGAACAACAGACGAAGGCGUUCUUCACUGGAUUCAAUUCGGUGUUCCCAUUGGAAUGGAUGCAAUAUUUCGACGAGAGAGAACUCGAAUUGCUUUUGUGUGGAAUGCAAGAUGUGGAUGUUGAUGAUUGGCAAAGGAAUACGGUUUAUAGGCAUUAUGCUCCGCAGAGCAAACAGGUCUCCUGGUUCUGGCAAUGGGUGCGCAGUUUGGACCAAGAGAAACGUGCUCGUCUCCUUCAAUUCGUCACCGGAACGUGUCGUGUGCCAGUCGGUGGCUUCUCGGAGCUCAUGGGCUCCACCGGCCCUCAACUCUUCUGUAUCGAACGUGUCGGAAAGGAGAACUGGCUGCCGCGGUCCCACACGUGCUUCAAUCGACUCGACCUUCCACCGUACCGAUCCUAUGAGCAGCUCGUUGAGAAGCUUAGUAUGGCUAUAGAGAUGACUGAAGGAUUCGGAAAUGAGUAG